AUGGCGGCAGCAGAGUUAUUAAGAGCGAGGCAUAAACUGGCAGAUGAUGCUGAUCAAGAACAGAGAAAUGUCAAUGUUCCUGCAGAUGAUGCGCUUCUGUCAAUCAUAAAACCAGCCCGCUAUAAGCAGAGUUUGGACCCUACAGUUGAUGAGGUGAAGAAGUUGUGUACCUCACUACGGAGAAAUGCCAAAGAGGAACGCGUUCUCUUUCAUUAUAAUGGCCAUGGGGUGCCUCGACCCACCGUCAAUGGAGAGAUUUGGGUCUUCAACAAGAACUACACCCAGUACAUCCCUCUCUCCAUCUAUGACCUACAGACGUGGAUGGGAAGUCCCUCCAUCUUUGUAUAUGACUGCUCUAACGCAGGGAUCAUUGUCAAGUCAUUUAAACAGUUUGCAUUGCAGAGGGAGCAAGAGCUGGAGGUGGCAGCAAUAAACCCAAACCACCCGCUGGCUCAGAUGCCCCUGCCUCCCUCCAUGAAGAACUGCAUUCAGUUGGCAGCCUGUGAGGCCAGUGAGCUCCUACCCAUGAACCCUGACCUCCCUGCUGACCUCUUCACCUCCUGCCUCACUACACCAAUCAAAAUCGCCCUACGUUGGUUCUGUAUGCAGAAGAGUGCAAAGCUGGUGCCAGGAGUGACCCUGGACUUGAUUGAGAAGAUCCCAGGCAGACUGAAUGACAGAAGGACACCAUUAGGAGAGCUGAACUGGAUUUUCACAGCUAUUACUGACACAAUUGCAUGGAACGUCCUGCCAAGAGAUCUCUUUCAGAAAUUAUUUCGUCAGGAUCUUUUGGUGGCCAGUCUAUUUCGUAAUUUCCUAUUGGCUGAGAGAAUUAUGAGGUCAUAUAACUGUACACCAGUCAGCAGCCCCAGGUUGCCACCUACAUACAUGCAUGCUAUGUGGCAAGCAUGGGACCUUGCGGUGGACAUCUGCCUCUCACAGCUUCCCACCAUCAUCGAGGAGGGCACAGCCUUCAGGCAUAGUCCAUUCUUCGCUGAGCAGCUGACAGCCUUUCAGGUGUGGUUGACAAUGGGCGUGGAGAACAGAAACCCACCGGAGCAGCUGCCUAUUGUUCUGCAGGUCCUCUUGAGUCAGGUACACAGACUGAGAGCACUAGAUUUGCUGGGGCGAUUUCUGGACCUGGGCCCUUGGGCCGUCAGUUUGGCUCUUUCAGUGGGGAUUUUUCCAUACGUGUUGAAACUGUUGCAGAGUUCAGCGAGAGAGCUCAGGCCUCUUUUGGUCUUCAUCUGGGCAAAGAUCUUAGCUGUAGAUAGUUCAUGCCAAGCUGAUCUUGUAAAAGACAAUGGACACAAGUACUUCCUGUCAGUGCUGGCUGACCCGUACAUGCCCGCUGAGCAUCGAACUAUGGCUGUCUUUAUCCUCGCUGUCAUUGUCAACAACUACAACACAGGACAGGAGGCAUGUCUGCAGGGUAACCUGAUUGCGAUCUGUCUGGAGCAGCUCAACGACCCUCACCCUCUCCUGAGGCAGUGGGUGGCAAUCUGUCUGGGCAGAAUCUGGCAGAACUUUGAUUCUGCACGCUGGUGUGGAGUUCGAGAUAGUGCCCAUGAGAAGCUCUACAGUCUCCUGUCUGAUCCCAUACCAGAGGUGCGGUGUGCAGCUGUGUUUGCAUUGGGUACGUUUGUGGGGAAUUCUGCUGAGAGAACAGAUCAUUCUACCACCAUUGAUCAUAAUGUUGCCAUGAUGCUAGCACAACUCAUUAAUGAUGGCAGUCCCAUCGUGAGGAAGGAGCUGGUUGUUGCUCUUAGUCACCUAGUGGUGCAGUAUGAGAGUAAUUUCUGUACUGUGGCUCUGCAGUUCAUGGAGGAAGAGAAAAACUAUGCUGUACCUUCACCUGCCAAUUCCACAGAGACAGGGAAUGUUACCCCGGGUAGGGACAGUCCCGCCAUCCCUCGUUUACGAUCAGUGAACUCUUACACAAACCUCAGAGCGGCCACCACCUCUCGAACCCUCAAUAAGAGCCUUCAGAACCUCAACCUCAACGAGGAGGGUGGUCCAGCAGCAUUCUCUCCAGGGAACCUGAGCACCAGUAGCAGUGCCAGCAGUACUCUAGGCAGCCCUGAUAAUGAUGAAUACCUUCUCUCCUUUGAAACCAUCGACAAGAUGAGGAGAGUCAGCUCAUACUCUUCCUUAAAUUCUCUUAUUGGAGUGUCUUUUAACAGUGUAUAUACUCAGAUUUGGAGGGUGUUACUGCAUCUUGCAGCUGAUCCAUUUCCAGAUGUCUCUGAUCUGGCCAUGAAGGUUCUCAACAGCAUCGCAUACAAGGCCACCAUGAAUGCUCGCACACAGAGGAUUCUGGACUCAGGUUCCUUGACCCAAUCAGCACCUGCUAGCCCCACCAGCAAAGGAACUCUCAUACAUCAAGCAGGUGCUUCCCACAGAUCCAAACGCUCUUCAUCUCCCUCCAGCGGAUCUCCUCCCAUGCCUGGUGCCUCCAGCUCCAGUCUCACCAAUGAAGUGCCCAAACCACCGGUCCGGGAGGCACCGCCCAAUCGGCCACCAUACACACCGACUUUGGGUGGUCAGGCGCCCCACUCGCAGCAGUUCCCACGCACCAGGAAGAUGUUUGACAAAGGCCCUGAUCAGACUGCUGAGGAUGGAGAUGAGACAGCUGCUCACAGGAGCUUCAUCAGUGUGAGUCUGCAGACAGGUCUUUGCGACUGGAGUGCCAAAUACUUCGCUCAGCCAGUCAUGAAGAUUCCAGAAGAGCAUGAUUUGGAGAGUCAGGUUCGUAAGGAGAGGGAGUGGCGAUUUUUACGUAAUGCUCGAGUACGCAGACAAAGCCAACGCAUCACUCAGAGAGGAGUGACACGGUUAGAUGAUCAGAUAUUCAUUAAUAGAAACCCAGGAGUGCCAUCAGUGGUGAAGUUUCAUCCAUUUAACCCCUGCAUUGCUGUAGCUGACAAAGACUCAAUCUGUUUUUGGGACUGGGAGAAAGGAGAGAGGUUGGAUUAUUUCUACAAUGGGAACCCACGGUACACACGCAUCACAUCCAUGGAGUACCUUAAUGGGCAUGACUGCUCUCUCCUCCUCACUGCUACUGAUGACGGAGCAUUGCGGAUUUGGAAGAACUUUGCUGACCAGAGAAAUCCAGAGAUGGUCACAGCAUGGCAGGGGCUGUCCGAUAUGCUGCCCACCACACGAGGUUUGGCCCGACGGGUCUCAAUCUAUCUUGACAGAAGUAAGCAGGGAGGUGCAGGUAUGGUGGUGGACUGGGAGCAGGAGACUGGCCUCUUGAUGACGUCAGGUGAUGUUCGAGUCAUACGGAUCUGGGACACAGAAAGAGAAAUGAAAGUGCAGGACAUCCCAACAGGAGCAGACAGCUGUGUGACCAGCCUGUCAUGUGAUCCUCAGCGGUCACUGGUAGCUGCAGGUCUUGGAGAUGGAUCUGUUCGGGUGUACGACCGCAGAAUGGGACCUAACGAAUGUCGUGUGAUGACGUAUAGGGAACACGGUGCUUGGGUGGUGAAGGCACACUUGCAGAAGGAGCCCGAAGGACACAUUAUCAGUGUCAGUGUGAAUGGAGAUGUGCGGUUCUUUGACCCACGGAUGCCAGAAUCAAUCAACAUCUUGCAGACAGUGAAAGGACUGACGGCUCUGGACAUCCAUCCACAGGCAAACCUGUUCGCUUGGUGAGAGAUGCACAUGCACCUUAUAUAUCAUUCAUAUAU